AUGACUUCACCGCCAAAUAAAUCAAUUUACAGGUCAAAGUUUCCUAUUGCAAGAAUUAAAAAAAUAAUGCAAGCAGACGAAGAAGUAGGGAAAGUAGCACAAAUUACACCAGUAAUUGUUUCUAAAGCUUUAGAACUUUUUAUGGAAUCAAUUGUAAAUGCAACAAUACAACAAGCUCGUGCUAAACAAGCAAAAAAAGUAACUGUUUUGCAUAUGAAGAGUGCAAUUGAAUCAACUGACCAAUUCGACUUCUUAGUUGAUAUAAUUAAUAAACAUAUAAGUACAAAAAAUCUUGAAAAAGAUACAGGACAUGGAACUGAAAAAAUACAAGAAGAAAAAAGCAGUACAAGUAACACAAUAAAUCAUACAGAUGCAUCACUUCAAAAAAAGGUAUCUAAUAAAGAUGAGAAGUAUAUUAUAAUGUGA